GCGGACAGCCCCCCAGCAAGGAUAUGUGUUGCAUUGUGGACUCUGAACGACUUUGGAGGAGCCGAUAAAACAGACAGUAUUCUGCCGUUUUGUACGAACGGUUUUCCAAACAAUCCAAGAACCGAGGCUAUAACCAGCAGAUCCACACCCCCGGGAACCUCAAGRCAAUCGCUCCAUAAUCUGGCAUUUACGACGCUUCAUAGUCCUUCACGACUCCGCACAACUGUGGCCCAAGUGCAUUGCGCAGAAUCACCCCGGCCCGAGAAGGGCUACAGGGCUGAAAACGUACGGAUUCAAGAACCGGCGCUCUAUGGAUACGACUCCAACGAUACACGCCCGGCAGAAUCUGCAAAACCAGACUCCUACCCAGCGUAUACAGGCACAGAAGGCCCAGGAUCGAGAGCACGUGGAGGAUUUCGUUGCCCAGGACAUCCACAGUAAAACACUGAAACCGGAUGAUUUCAACGCUUUAAAUGACAAUUCUGAGCUCGACGAUAUGCUGUUGUACGAAGCGGCCAACCAUCUUGAUACAGUGAAUUUUCUGAGGUAGAAACACCAGAUAGGUUUCUCACAGCCUUUUACAGGGCUCUAUAAAAUCCAGAAAGGUCUUGCUACACAAACAAAUGGUGGCUUUACACAAGCGGRAAAACAGUCAAGAUCUAUCUUUCUGACAUAGAACAAUGCCCCGUUUGUMAAACAACAAUCUGAUUAAAAAACGCAAAUACAAGCGCUAAAAACCUAUAUGUAACAUGGAUCCUUCCAGAAUACCACAAGAACACACAUCCUUAAUUAACCAAUUGAAUGAGACCGGGGCGACAGAUCCCAUAAUUCAGACACUUGAAAACCUGUUAUUGCAGAUUCCAGAAGAACUCCUAUCCUUAAUUAACCAAAUGAAUGAGAGCACAAGAUCUUCGACACCAGAACACCCACACACCCCUCUAACUCCCAUGUCCGAGGAGUCUGAACCACAAUAUGUUGUUUUUGAGGAAUUGGAAAAUUGUAUAAUAAAUCAAUGMUCUUGAUUGAAGUGUUUGGGUUGUGUACCGAAAUAAAUUCAGCAAUGCAGAGAUUCGACAGUUUUUUAAAUUGCACAUGGCUGAAUCAGAACCUUGAUUAUGCAGUUUUUUAUGUGAUGAUAUUGGAUACUCUGAACGAACUGUUAGACAGGGCAACAGAUUUUGCCGAACCUCGUGAUGUCUUACAGCUUGAAAUUUGUGGAGAUAGCAUGCAAAACACUGUAUCUCUUGUUUUACCCAAUGGCGCAGCAGAUCUUGAACAAUUUAUAGCCCUGCUGAAACGACUUGUUCAAUCAAAUGUAUCUAUCAUAGCUGAUAGGACCCUCGAGCUCGUAGUACGUCAACCCCUAGGUGGAGGGGGUCAGAGAAGGAAACUUGAUAGUCUCAUGCAAUCAGAAAUCAUAAGCAAUAGAAGGGUAUAUCUCAUAAACGUUCACAAUCCUGGUAAUCAGCUAUGCUUUGCAAUAGGCCUAGCACAUUUACUCAACCCUGGAUGUACUGAUCUAGAGGCUUUACAAAACUCUCGGGAGCUUCAAAAUGCCGUGGGUCUAGGUAUACAGGAUGCUGUGGCUUUCUCUGACAUAGUCAAAUUUGAAACAUUUCUGAACAUCAAGAUUGUGGUUUUGUACCACAGUAGAGCUAAUGCAGCUCUCUUGAAAUUCCAGAACAACCCACAACCUCAUCCUCAGAUUCUGUACUUUUAUGUGCAAAACGACCAUUAUUAUGCUAUUACCAACAUCACAGCGUUUUUAGGAGCGCCAUAUGUGUGUCCAGCAUGUCAUACAGGCUACACCCGAAAGGGGGGGCACUCUUGUCAUUAUAACUGUUCAGUAUGUCUGGAUGAAACAUGUCCGAUGCAACCCUUAAACCUAACACCCUGUGCGGAUUGUCAACCCACAUGURGUUCGGCCUACUGCUACGAAAAACACAAAAUUGAAACAUGGCACCCCAAGGCAUGUAAAUCUGUAAGCAGUUGUGACAUUAACAAGAAAUGUCCAAAAUGCCAUUGCAAUUACAACCUUAAAAUAGACAGCCCUAAACCUCAUGGGCUGGCCUGCGCCUUAUACCUGGAGGUCUCUUUUUUGGUCUUCGAGACAACAGCAUAA